UCCGCCCCGCUCGGAAAGUACGCGCAGAUCCCCUACGCGAUACCCCAAUUGAAGAAGAGAGGAAAAAGGAGAGCGAGCUCUGCGGCGGAGGAGCAUGUCCGGGCCGGGGGAGUACCAGGAGAUGGCCGCGUCGGUGCCGCCGGCGCUCAAGGCCAUCACGCUCACCCACGUCCGCUACCACCGGGGCGACAGGGUCGGCCUCUUCCUCGCGUGGGUCUCCCUCGUCCCCGUCUUCAUCAGCCUCGGCGGCUUCGUCUCCCACUUCAUGUUCCGCCGCGAGCUGCAGGGCAUCUGCUUCGCCGCGGGGCUCCUCGUCUCGCAGGUCCUCAACGAGCUCAUCAAGCACUCCGUCGCGCAGUCCCGCCCGGCCUCGUGCGAGCUGCUCGAGACCUGCGACUCCCACGGGUGGCCGUCAAGCCACGCGCAGUACACCUUCUUCUUCGCCACCUACCUCUCGCUCUUCGUGCUCCGGAGGUCGCCGGCGAGCCGCGUCAUGGCCGCCUUCACAUGGCCGCUCGCCUUCCUCACCAUGCUCUCCAGGGUGUACCUCGGAUACCACACCGUCCCGCAGGUUUUCGCAGGAGCAGUAGUCGGCCUUGUAUUUGGUGCUAUCUGGUACUGGUUCGCCAACACCAUUCUUGCUCAAUACUUCCCAAUGAUUGAGGAGAGCGCAAUUGGGAGGUGGUUUUAUAUCAAGGAUACUUCACAUAUUCAGGAUGUGCUCAAGUUUGAGUAUGAUAAUGCAAGGGCAGCAAGGAAGAAAGUUGCUACUGAUUGAGGAUUGCAGGUUUCUGCUGAUGGAUUAUACGCUUGGUCUAUCUCAGGGAGGGUAAGAACUUGUGUGGCAUGGCAAGAUGUUUGCUUCGUUGAAGUUGCACGUGAACCCAUGUACUCCUAGCUGCACUAUUAUUAGAAGAGAAGCCCAUUGAAGUUGUGGUGUUUUUUUUCCUGGCCAUAAGCCAUUGUUCUUAUUAACCCCAGACCCUUGUAUUAUUUUGGCGAUGAGUUGAUUUUCAUUUACAUUUGGACAAAGACCACAGUAUUUUUGUACUUGACUGGAGUAUAUCUGUGCCAUAUAUUGUUCACAUA